AUGAGAGAUCGGGAUCUAUGUUGCUAUAGUAUUGAUCUUAAACUAAGCCAAGCUGUUGCAUAUUGGAAAAUGUUAUUUGAUCAUCAUACAGGUGGCACUAGUGUGAAUGGCACUGCUAGCAAUCAUAAACAACAGCAGCAACGAUUUAAAUAUUUAGAUUUAUGGUUAAAAUUUCUUGAAGAAAAAGCAGCACAACGAUCAAUCACAAAAGACACAUGGGAUUUAUUAUUAGAAUUUUCAACAACAAUUAAAGAUGAUUUUACCAAUUAUGAUUUUGAUGGUGCUUGGCCUGUGUUACUGGAUGAAUUUGUUGAAUAUGCAAAAAAAGAAACAGGGAUAUCAACAACGGAGCAAAAUAGUAAUCACAUAUCCUAA